AUGGUUUCCAUCGCACUUCUCGGUGUACACAAGAAGCUUCCACUUGCUCUUGCUUCUUCGCACUUUGGUGUUGGGAUCACUAGUGUCAGUAUUGUGGCGGUUUCGUGCGACGUUGUAGCAGCGAAGACCUUGGCAAUUCAAGGCAAGGAUCCCCGGUCAAGCAGCAUUCGAUUGGUGACGGCGAAACUCCCAACCAUCGGGCGUUCCGGUGUGUCGACGGUGCUCGAAGUGGAUUAG